AAUGGGUAUUCGAUCAAGGACAAGAUACUAUUGAACAGUUUAAAUAAGUUUGUGCCCCAAUAUGGAAUCAAUGAGAACAGUAUUGUCAAAUCUAUUCAGGAUUUGAAGUACAACGAUUCGAUGAACGUUUUGUUCAAGGAGAAAGAAAACGAACUCAUUUACUUUUAUUUGAAAAAUUCAAGAGUUGAACUAGCCAAUUCAAUUAAAAAGGACGAAGAAUUUAAUGCAUUAACAAAUGAGGAUGAUAAGUUGAAAUAUUUAAUGAAAAAAAGAUUGCUUUUGAAUUUGAAAUUGGGCGAGAGAAUUUUAAAUUAUUUAAUUUUGCCCAAGAAUAUUAGCAAAAGUUUAGAUGAAUUGAUGAAAUUGAGUGAUGAUUUUGCUUUUUUCAGUAAUGAUAUGUCGAACGAUUUUGCAUGGUAUUCCAAAAGAUUUUGUAUUGCUAUGAUUUAUGUGAAGAGCGAAUUGUAUAUGAUCAAUGAUAAAUCAAGUGGUUUUAAAAAUACAUUGAAGUUUUUGGAAGAUUCAAUUGACAGAUAUUCUAAAUUGGGAUAUGCUUAUAACGAAACUGAAAAAUGGGCAAUUUUCAAUGGAUUUUCGUUGAUUAAUUUGAUUAGAUCUCAAUUAACCAGA